AUGCCAUCUAUAGACAAUGGAAGUAGCGGUGCAUCUAAUGUCUCGUCAGCUAUCAAUUUGGUCAAGACGAUAAUCGGUGCUGGAUUGUUAUCUAUGCCAUUGGCAUACGCCACAGAUGGAACUAUAUUUGGAACUUUUAUUAUUAUCGUUGCAGCGGUGACUUCGGGCUUUGGAUUGUUUAUACAAGCUUACGUAUCACGAUACACAGUUACUGGCCAAGCUAAUUUCUUUGGUUUAUGCUCGAUUACGUAUCCACAGUUGUCGGUUAUCUUUGAUAUAGCUAUUGCUAUACAAUGUUUUGGUUGUGCCAUUUCAUAUUUAGUCCUUAUUGGUGAUUUGAUGCCUACUAUUAUAACCAACUUGCCUUAUAUCGAAGAGAAACACUAUAGAACGUUUUGGUUAUUGGUUUCAGCUGUCUUUACUGUACCUUUAUCGUUUGCCAAGAAACUAGAUGCGUUGAGGUACACGUCAAUUUUGGCUUUAAUUGCCAUUCUUUACAUCUCGUUGCUUGUAGUUAGCCAUUUUUUCAUCAACGAUAUUCCUCGUUCAGGUAUCAUUGAGUAUUUCCCAUCCAGCAUCACGGGCGUGUUUAGCACGUUUUCGAUUAUCGUGUUUGCUUUCAGUGGUCAACAGAAUAUGUUUUCAAUCAUCAAUGAAGCAAGAGACAAGUCAUUGACCAACUUGACUCGCUUGAUCAAUUUUGCUAUUCUCCUUUCAAGCGUGUUGUUUAUCGUGGUUGGGCUCACGGGCUACUUAACUUUUGGAUCCAGCGUCAAUGGAAAUAUCAUUUUAGGGUAUCCUAAUGGAGCAGCAACGUGGUUGGGAAGGUUCUGCAUUGUUUUCAUGGUCCUUUUCUCAUUUCCUUUAAUGUUUUAUCCUGCAAGAAUCUCCUUCAACAAUAUCUAUUAUUCAGCUAGAAAGGGCUUGGAGGAAAAAACAGAAGAGGCAAACGAGUCGACCCUGUUGCUCCAAGGAAGCACCGGUGGAGAUUCAGAAGGACAAACAAACUUGCAUGCUGUUCCGUUCAGUCACAAAACGUUUGUCAUUCUCACCGUUGUACUUUUAAUUACCGCAUACACACUUGCCAUCACGUUGAAAUCGUUUGCCUUUGUUUUGGCCAUAGUUGGAGCCACUGGGUCCACCUCAAUUUCGUUCAUCUUGCCAGGAUUGUUUGGUUAUAAACUCAUUGGAUCAGAACUGGACGAUCCAAGUACUUUAGAGAGGAUUUUUAAGCACUUGUCACUCGGAUUGACUAUUUGGGGAGUGCUUGUCAUGAUUGUUUGUUUAUAUAGCAGUUUAGCAUUGUGA